UAUAUUAGAACCGUCCUUACUAAAUUAACCGAGGCCGGCCUUUAUAUCGAUAUUAAGAAGUACGAAUUUUAUACUAUAAAGAUAAAAUACUUCGGCCUAAUUAUUACUAUAGACGGCAUCCAAAUAGAUUUAAAGAAAAUUAAAGCGGUA